GAAUCGAGAAGAGGGCGGAGGAGCUUAUUCCAUUCUACUCCAAUUACCCAUGGUUUGUAUCAAAGGGAAACCGUACCAGAAUUUCCUCCUAAGCUUCUCAAAUUUCUCAUAAAGUCCUUGCUCUUUCACAAAUAAUCAAUUGACUUCACUCUCAGCUUAACGAACAGACAACAUGCCGGUCACACAAUUCAACACACAAGAGAAGUACAAGUACCAGAAUGGCUUCGGCUCUUACCAUGAGUCAGAAGCUGUUGCGGGUGCCCUCCCAAUAGGAGCCAACUCUCCUCAAAAACCUCCGUACGGUCUCUACGCCGAGAAGCUCUCUGGCACAGCAUUCACAGCUCCACGACACGAGAAUCAACAAUCAUGGCUCUACCGUAUCCUUCCUGCCGCCGCACAUUCGACGUUCAACCCUCGCGAAUCUUCCUCUUACAACACGAAUCCUGAAGGGAACAAGCUACACCAGGUUCCGAACCAGCUUCGGUGGGACCCCUUUGACUUAGAUGAGACUGUGGAUUGGGUACAUAGCUUGAAGCUCGUUGCAGGCGCAGGAGAUCCUACAAUGAAGUCGGGGCUGGGAAUCUUUAUAUUCGCUGCGGGAAAGAGCAUGAGCAAGAACGAGGCCUUCUACAGCGCGGAUGGAGAUUUCUUGAUCGUGCUACAACACGGAGUGUUAGAUGUCCAGACUGAGCUGGGCCAUAUCCUCGUCCGUCCGAACGAGAUUUGUGUUAUCCCAAGAGGAGUCAGAUACCGUGUGGAGCUUCCAGAAGGCCCAGUACGAGGCUACAUCUGCGAGCUCUACCAGGGGCAUUUCCAACUGCCUGAGCUGGGACCCAUUGGAUCGAACUGCUUGGCAAACGCAAGAGAUUUCCAGGCCCCAGUUGCAAGUUUCGAAGAAGCCACAUCUGGAGAAUAUACCAUCCUAUCCAAGUUCAACGGACAUCUAUUUGCAGCAAACCAGACGCACACUCCAUUUGACGUUGUAGCUUGGCAUGGUCUUUACUACCCAUACAAGUACGACUUAGGGCGAUUCAGCACAAUUGGUAGCAUCUCCUUCGAUCACCCGGACCCAUCUAUCUUCACAGUCCUUACCGCACCCACAGAUCAUGUUGGCACCGCAGUCGCAGAUUUCGUGAUCUUCCCUCCACGCUGGCUGGUAGGCGAAGAUACUUUCCGACCUCCUUGGUACCACCGAAACACCAUGUCUGAAUUCAUGGGUCUCAUUGGCGGAGAAUAUGAUGCAAAGACUGGAGGCGGAUUCCGGCCUGCUGGUGCCAGUCUGCACAAUAUCAUGUCAGCCCAUGGACCUGAUGCCGGCACACAUCAAAGGGCUUCAAACGUCGAGCUCAAGCCAACGAAGGUGGGAGAAGGCAGCAUGGCGUUUAUGUUCGAGAGUUGCUUGAUGGUUGGUGUGACUGAGUGGGGUCUGAAGACUUGCAAGAAGGUGCAAGAAGAUUAUAACGAGGAGAGCUGGACGCCUUUGAAGGCUCAUUUCAAGAUUCCUGAGGGAGUGAGGAGAGUGAGUCAUCUUGUGGGUGAUGCGAAGAGUCAUACUUGAAUUGAUAUUGGGAAGAGUAUUGAUGGAAAGGGAGCAACGGGCGAGAUGAAUCAGGGUGCUUUGCCACAUUCUACAUGAGGAAGACUUGGUUGGUAUAAUUCAUCGUAAUGAGAAAAUACAUUGUGUAUUUCAUGCAUCAAGGUGCCAGGUCCUCCGCAAAACAGUCUUCCAAUGUUCUACACCUAGUUGGGUUACUGACCUGCUUCUGGAU